GGGGCGGAGACCAGCCUGGGGGCUCGAACCGUUCCAAGGGAGGUGGCGGAGGCAAGGACAAGGAGCGGGCCCCAGACAAUGCGCUCGUCGUCCAGAUCCUCCGCGCCUUUGAGAAGCACUCGGGAAAGUCCAUGGAUUACGUGGUGGCCUUUGCGGAGAAGCCCCCCGCGUCGGAAGAGCCGCAACCCGCAGACCUCAGCUCGAAGUCCCUCCAGGACUUGUUGAGCAGGGAGACGCGGAAGCAGAAGCAGAUCGACGCAAGUCGGGAGCGAGUCAAAGAGGCAGAAGCAGCCCUCGAGGUUGCCCGAAAGUUCGCGGAGGAGCAGAUCGCCCAGCUUGCGGCGCACGAGGGCAAUCUCAAGAAUAUCAAGGCAGCCAUCACCGCCAAGCAGGCGGAGGCUGUCAUCCCCAACCAGUCCAAGGUCGGGGACAUCAACAGUGGCAUCGAGCUGCUGGAGAACUUCGGCAAGAUGCUGGACGCGAUGGGCGCCCACUUCCGCGUCGACGUGGCAGGGAUGGCCAAAGAGACAGCGGCGAAGCUUGAGGGGCAGAAGCAGAAGGCGUCUGAGGCAGCCAGCGCUGCUCGGCCUGGAGGCAUGGGCGUCGACGGCAAGGUCGAGUUCGACCCCGCAGAUCCUGCCAUCCAGUCCUGCCUCAAGGAGGCUGGGGUUGACGUCGAUGACCCCGCCAUGGCCAAGCGGCUCCUGGAGGCCCUGGGCAAUGCUGCCAAGCAGCCCAAGCGCCUUCGAUCGCAGGCGGGGCCGCUGUGCUUGUGGUCGGCCAAUUCUUCGAGCUGGUGGUCGGCGCAGACGUUGUUGGAGUGGGCCCACGACAGUGCUGAUCAGGCGCUGCCAGAUGUGCUUUGUUUGCAGGAGCAUCGCAUUAAGAGCGGUCCUCUGUUGGAAUCGGCAGUUCGAUGGGCCAGGAAGCGCACCUACCACAUGUACGCGCGCAAGGCUGACUCGACGGGAGACAGACAUCUGCAAUCGAGCGGCGGCGUAAGCGUUCUCAGCAGAUUGGCGGCCAGCAGGGGGCCGCAGGUCCUGGAUGAGCUGUUGCUGUCAUCGCACCGAGUGGAGUCGAUGCGCCUCAAUGUGGGUUUGGCUGCGCCGCUGCACGUGGUCUCCUUGCAUCUGGUCACGAGCAUCGGCCUGGCCAAGCAGAACAUCGACAUUCUGACGCAGCUCAUGGAGUACCUCGGUUCACUUCCUGGGCCGUGGAUCGUGCUCGGGGACUUCAACAUGCUGCCCGAGGAGGUGCAGGAAUGGGCCCUGCGCGCUCAAGCGAUACUGUUGACAGCGGGUGCACCAACUUGCGGUGGCAGAGAGAUCGACUUUGGCGUCUGCUCGCGCGUGCUUUCUGGCUUCAUCCACGCGGUCGUGCCGAUUGAGGGCUCGACGCUGCAGACGCACAUUCCUGCACACGUUCGGCUCCGAGGCUUGGGGGGACAGGCGCGCGUGACGCGCCCAGUCUUUCCGCUCAAGUUUCCGAUCUGCAAGCCGCCCCCUGUGCGGCCUGCACCACAGAUUGUUGCAGGCGAGGAGUGGCCUUGGACGAUUGGAGAGGCACUCCCUGGAGACCUCGGCGAGGCGCGUGCUGCUUGGUUUCGCCAUGCCGAAGCCUAUCUGUCGGAGUUUCACGACCUGUCGGACUGGGCUCAAGGAGCCUGGAGAGGUCGCGCCGAGGGUUUCAAGACAGCGAAUGAGCCGUUCAUUCAGGCAGAGGAAGGUUGUCAGUCGCAUUGUUAUUGA